CUGCCACCCUAGAAGUCCCCUUCCGUCCUAGUGCCGAGGGGAGGCAGGGCUGGGCGCCAGGACCGCGCAGCCUCCGGGCCCUUCGCUCGGGAAACCGUUUCCGGGGCGGAUGCUUUUUGCAUCUGAACCAGCGCGCCCAGUGACGCCUUCGCGUCCAGGCGGAAGUGAGGGCGGAGGAUCCCCAGCUGGGUCCUGAGCCUGAACCUGAGCCCGAGCCCGAGCCGGGAGCCAGGAGCCGGUCGUGGGGGCUCCGAGCUGGGGGACCGCCGGGCCCCCAGCGAUGGCGACCCUAUGGGGAGGCCUCCUUCGGCUUGGCUCCUUGCUCAGUCUCUCGUGCCUGGCGCUGUUCGUGCUCCUGCUGGCGCAGCUGUCAGACGCCGCCAAGAAUUUCGAGGAUGUCAGAUGUAAAUGUAUCUGCCCUCCCUAUAAAGAAAAUUCUGGGCAUAUUUAUAAUAAGAACAUAUCUCAGAAAGAUUGUGACUGCCUUCAUGUUGUGGAGCCCAUGCCUGUGCGGGGGCCUGACGUAGAAGCAUACUGUCUACGCUGUGAAUGCAAAUACGAAGAAAGAAGCUCUGUCACAAUCAAGGUUACCAUUAUAAUUUAUCUCUCCAUUUUGGGCCUUCUACUUCUGUACAUGGUAUAUCUUACUCUGGUUGAGCCCAUUCUGAAGAGGCGCCUCUUUGGACACUCACAGUUGAUACAGAGUGAUGAUGAUAUUGGGGAUCAUCAGCCUUUUGCAAAUGCCCAUGAUGUGCUAGCCCGCUCCCGCAGUCGAGCCAACGUGCUCAACAAGGUAGAAUAUGCCCAGCAGCGCUGGAAGCUUCAAGUUCAAGAGCAGCGAAAGUCUGUCUUUGACCGACAUGUUGUCCUCAGCUAAUUGGGAAUUGAAUUCAAGGUGACUAGAGAGAAACAGGCAGAUAACUCGAAGAAACUGACUGGGUUUUGCUGGGUUUCAUUUUAAUACCCUGUUGAUUUCACCAUCUAUUACUGGACGAUUCAAAACUGGAAGCAAAAACAUGCUUGAUUUUUUUUCUUGUUAAUAGAGACAUUUUUUAAAGCACACAGCUCAAAGUCAGCCAGUAAGUCUUUUCUUAUUUGUGACUUUUACUAAAAAUCUGCCUGUAAAUUAUCUUGGCGUCCUUUACCUGGAAUAAGCACUCUCUUUUUGACCACAUAGUUUUAACUUGAUUUUCAAGAAAAUUUUCAGGGUUUUUCUGUUUUGUUUGGUGGGAGAGGGGAGGGAUGCCUGGGAAGUGGUUAACAACUUUUUUCAAGUCACUUUACUAAACAAACUUUUGUAAAUAGACCUUACCUUCUAUUUUUGAGUUUCAUUUAUAUUUUGCAGUGUAGCCAGCCUCAUCAAAGAGCUGACUUACCCAUUUGACUUUUGCACUGACUGUAUUAUCUGGGUAUUUCCUCUGUCUGCACUUCAUGGUAAACUGGAUCUGAAAUGCCUGGUGGCUUUUCACAAAAAGCAGAUUUUCUUCAUGUACUGUGAUGUCUGAUGCAAUGCAUCCUAGAACAAACUGGCCAUUUGCUAGUUUACUCUAAAGACUAAACAUAGCCUUGGUGUGUGUGGUCUCACUCAUCUUCUUCUAGUAUCUUUAAGGACAGAUCCUAAGGACUUGGACACUUGCAAUAAAGAAAUUUUAUUUUAAACCCAAGCCUCCCUGGAUUGAUAAUAUAUACAUACUUAGCAUUUCCAGUCGUGUUGAGAGGCAGCCGUUUGAGCUCCAAUGUGUGCAACUUUGAACUAGGGCUGGGGUUGCGGGUGCCUCUUCUGAAAGGUAUAACAGUUAUUGGAUAACUGGUUUUUUUCUUCCUAUGUCCUCUCUGAAAUGUAACAAUAAAAAUAAUUUUUGAAACAUCCA